UCGGGGAGAUGGCCCAUUGGAGUUUCUGUCUUAGGUAUUUGUUAUCUGUAAUGCCUCUAUUGACACAUGAAAUCAUUGAUCUAUUCUGUACAGACACACUCAACUGUAAGGGACUGGUUUUGGGGUGUUGCUGGAGCUGGUUCUAAGUUGGGAGCUGUGGCCAUAGUGGUGUUUUCAAUUAUACCCACUACAUUAAUUUGAUGACCUCUGACCGCAUUACUGUAAAAAGCUGAAAAGCAUUGUCCAUAAUGUUUGCUUGAAGAAUGGAUUGGAAGCUUCAGCCUCUGUAGAGUGCAGCAGCUCAUCUGCUAAGAGGUGUGGACAGAUACUUGCAUCAUUUCUCAAAGCAUAAGCACCGACUGCUGGUCUGUUUCUGGGCUCAAUUCAAAGUGCUGGCACAAAUGGCUUUGAGUAUAAGUAUAUCAGUGAAUGUUUCCUUUCAUAUGAGGCCUUCCUCCUCAGCAUUUAUUAUCUUCCAAUGAGGUUCUGCUUCAAAUUAUAUCACAGGGACACCAGAUUAGCCUUUAUCAGAAGCAUGGCUUUCUGUAGCAUCCCCAAUGCUAUGAACUUUCUUCUUCUGCAGACAAAUAAAAACCUUGUUUCCGACAGCCUUUGGUUCCUGUUUUGCCAUGCCCUGGCAGUGUCUUAUGUAUGCUAUUUAUUUUCUGUGUGUUUUUCGUUCAUACAGUCUGUACUUGGUAAAGCUGCCCUGAAGCUUGAAUGCUAAAGUGGUCUAAAAUAUUUUUAGUUAAAUCUUCCUCAUUCCACUAGUAAAUGGGUGCAAGCCCAAAAACAAGGGUUUUCCCCCCAAUCCUGGGUGGACAGAUUGCUUGUGCUUCAAAAUCAAAAGCUCCCUCCUGAUUGAGAGUUUGUACAUUGUAUCAUAAUGUCCAUAGUGACACUUCAUUAUAACUGCUAGUGAGUGCAAGGAGGUACAUAGGAAAGGUCUGGCCCUUGCCUCUGUAGUGACUCAUAAUUAUGAGUCCUCUCAUUUUGAUACAGGUGUGGGAUAGCAUCUGGGGAUGGUCAGUGAGGCAAAGCAUGGCCACAUCUUUACAAGGCAGUUUUCCAUGAUGUACAGAAGCUCCACUCACUACCAACCAUAACGAAACCUAAAAGUCAAAAUGCUUGGUGGCCGUCGCAGUAAUUUUGCGCAAGCGUCUGAAGACACGGUUGCUGACAAAGACAAGGAUAAAGAAAUUGAUUUUGGAAGAGAUGCGUGGUGGAGGGAAUCCCUUAGGCCCACCCCAAUACCAGGCUGCUACCCAGUCCGGGAUUUUCUCGAGGAUGCUCAGCUGAACCCAGUGAAGCGGACGUACAAUUUUAAAGGGGAAGGCCGGAAGAGGAUCUCCAUCUUCCAGCAGAUGACUGACAUGACCCUACCAAGCAGCUUCAAAUACGUCCCUCCUUCGUUUGUGGAGCUGGCUGAGAAAAGGCACGUGACAUAUUCCUUCAGGAGCAUCUCGAGGGAGACGCCCACGACUGCCUCCUAUAGAGAUAAGGAUAUAAACACUGACCCCGGGCAGUACGAUCUUUUCCCUCCUCCUGUGCCCACUUUUCCAACCAAGAAUUAUAUGUUUCGAUCUGCAGUUCAACGGCUUAACACUUUUGGUCCGAAAGAAGGCCCAGGCCCGGGUACAUAUAACAUAAAAGAAGUUUUGCCUACGCCUAUUCGGUCAUGCUUCCUGUCGAAAGUACCACGGUUGCUGCCAUCCCAUUCUAAAGUUCCUGGCCCAGGGAGUUACUGGCCUACAAACCAGUCUCCAAAACAACCAAGAACCAUUGAGAGUCUGGGAAGGGAGCACACUAUCUUCUUCAGCAAUACUCCAGAGCUUUAGAAAACAAGACUGGUGCAGUACAUGAAAUUCAAGGGCACUGAUUCUGAAAGACCACUCCUCCUUCUACCUCAUCCAUAUCCCAUUUCUCACCAGGACUGAUCUGCCCACUUUUAUUCCUUUGGCUUUCAGUGGGCCACAGUGCCAACACCAUGAUGCGAUUUGGUGCACUGGGUUCCCUGCCUCCAUUUCCUCCCUGGCCCUUUCCUCGCAUCCUAAGAUUCUUCAUUGUUCCUGCUGUUUGACGUGGCUCAGUCGUGUUCCUCCACCACUCGGUACGCUUCUUUCUGUUAGCAAGGAAACUGAGCGAUGAGAAUAAAUCCUGACCCCAGAGCCCUUGUGAGCUGGUGGUUGGGCUGAAGCCAGGUUCCUCUGCUGGCUUGAGGGCACCAAUUUUCCUGCACUCCUCUCUGGAUUCAGUAGAGCUUAACCCGAACUAGACACAAGGAGCGAUUGAUCAAGGACAGCCUCUGCUGGAUGCAAGAUCUGCAGUGGAAAGAAGAAGAAAAAAAGAACACAGAUUGCUGAACGAUUUGAGGGGGCUCAGCCAUCACAGCCUUUCCCUGAGGUAGAAGGAAAAAAGACUCUGUUGCUGAUCUUUUUAUAUUCCACAGAUUUCUGUGUCCUCACCCCACCCCACCCCACGUAUUUCCAGUCAGUCAGAGCAUUGUCUAUCACUCAGAAGCAUCCCCACCCCCAGUAAUGGUACUGAAUUCAGUGGAGCCACUCUGGAAUAAAUGGCUUUUGGAAA